GUCUCUCUCGAGCGUCUUGGCAGUUUCCCCGUCUGGGCCCCUCACACUUACACCAGAGGGCUGAGAGCAUGCCGUCUCCGUCUCCCGGGGCCGCCUCUCUCGGGGAGCCCCGCACUCGGCCGAGCGCUCGCCUCCCGCAGUGGGCACUGCAGCCACAUCCAGGAAGAGCCAGGAGAAGUGGCAACAUGUGUUAGCUGUUGACAAGUAAGAAAAGGCUUAGGAGGAGAAGCUGAAGCCAGAGAGGUUGCCGUGACAGCGGAUAUGAUCACCCCGACUCUUUCCAACAUUGGAGGGAGGACCUUGGAGGCCAGGACUCUUCAGGUGACUGAGGGCAGCCUGGACAGAGAGAAAGACCAGAGCAGCGCCAUCUUUUCUGGAUUUGCAGGAUUCCUUGCCAUCCUCCUGACCACUGUGAUUUUCUACAGCCUGUGGAACUGGAGUAAAUGGAAGAAGUACCGACAAGCUCCUUACUUUCGAGUUACCGUCAUGCCCUUACUGUCUCUGUCUCGACCCAGACAAGGAGCUAAAAAUAUUUAUGACUCCUUACCCCAGAGGCGAGAAGAGCUGGGGAGACGUCAGUCAAGAAGUAACCGUAUUUUUAGUACCGAGAGCCUCCUGUCCAGAAAUUCCGAUAGCCCUCCUUCUGAGCCUGUGCCCUCCCAAGCAGGCAGUGGCCUCUGGCUGUACGGAGACCAUGCUCCUGCCAACGGCUAUGCAGUAGGCAUCUAUGACAAUGCCACAUGGCUCCAGAUGUGUGGGGACCUCACUCCCUCGGCAAACUAUGUCAAUAUCAGAACAACCAGAGACUGCCGGAGCAUUUCUUCAGAGGAUUCAAGAGAUUACAUCAAUGUCCCCACAGCAGAGGAGAUUGCUAAGGCUCUAGCUUCUACCAACAGCACCCCUGAGAACCUCUUCGCCCUCCCAAGUGCCCAGGAGCGGGAGCUAGAGCUUAUUGAGGAAAAAGACAAGGGCUAUGGGAAUGGCAGUGACCAUGCCAGUUUUCGGUCUCCAAGAUCCAAGAGUGAUGAUCCACUCAGUGAUGAGGAAGGCUCAUCUGAGACCUCGAAUGACUAUGUCAACAUGGCAGGGUUGAAUCUUGAGACCCUCCAGGGGAAGCAGCCACGGAUGGCUUUCCAGUGCUAUAGAGAUUAUGAAAAUGUCCCAUCAGCACUUACCAAUAGAAACCAGCAGCAGGUGGAAGAAGAAGUGAUCUCCUCAAACCCAGACCACGUAGAAGGCAGGAUGGAGAGUCCAGAUACCCACAUCCAAUUUGUCAUGCAAUCAGGUAGGGUUCUGGCUCUAGGGGAACCUGUGACCUGCCAGCCAUCUGCACAGAUUGAGACUAGUCAGAUAGAACAUGGAGAAGAAAUGUCAAAUGACACUUCUAAUGACUAUGAGAAUGUGCUACCUGCCAAGUCAGGAGACAGGGACUCCAAGCACAGGCCACACACAUAGCUCCUUCCUGACAAAUUAGGACCCAGUCACCCAGCUGAAGAGUUCCGUGGAGUAGUCUAUCCUGCUGGAUCCAUAGCCACUAAAGGGGCUGGUGUAGACCACUGACCAUCCUUGUAUUUCAGGGUUCUUUCAGGUAGACUACAAAGAGGCUGAGAUACACAGAAGUUAAGGGACUCACAAAAGCCAACAUCUGGGAAAGCCAGAAAAGAAUUCUUCCCAAGCAGGGUGCUGGUAACUCUCAUACGAACCUAAGAAUGUUUGCUGAAACUGCCUUAUAGGAUGGUUACUAGAUUAAAAAUGAGAAUACUUUCAUCCACAGUAGAAACAUGAGGUGUCCAAAAUUGUUACCUUGGCAAAUACCAGCAAGACACAAAGCAAGAAUACGGAUUAGUUUGUAAUCCUGGCAGAGGCCAAAAAGAAGGAAGAAGUCAGAGUUGGGGUGGGGCAGCAGUUUCCCGUUGAAAAAGAGUGUGCACAACAAAAUGCUAGAGAACAUGUGGACACCAGAGGGUCAUUCAUUGCAACUGUUUGACAGUUUCUUUUAAACCUGCAAUUACUAUACAGCCAACCCAUUCCACUCCUGGGUGUUUACCCAAGAGAACUGAAAACUUGUGUUCAUACAGAAGCCCAUAUAUGACUAUUUAUAGCAGCUUUAUUCACAAUUGCCAAAACUAGAAAUAACCCAGAUGUCCUUCAACAGGUAAAUGGAAAAAUGAACUGUGGUAUAUCCAUGUAAUCCAUGUAAUAAAGUUAUCUAUACUCAGCAGGAAAAAGGAAUGAACUAUUGGUUUGUGCAACAACAUGGACAAAUUUUAAAUACAUUUUUCUGUGAAAGAAGCUAGACCUAAAAAUCUACACAUUGUGUGAUUCCACUCAUAUGAAAUUCUGGAAAAGACAAAACUAUAGGGAUGGAAAACAGAUCAGUGGUUGCCAGGUUUAGGGAAAGGGAAGUUCACUCCAGAGGAAUUUUUAGGUUGCUGGGGUUCUUCCGUAUCAUAUUGUGGUGAUGGAUACAGGACUCGGUGCACUUGUCAAAACACAAACUAUAUAGCACCACGAGUGGCUUUUACUGUAUGUAAAUUUUUUUAAUUAACCACGCUGUCAGGGGAAGCCAUGAUGGAAUGCAGAUUAAGACAAAUAAAGCUAACUAUAUUACAGAUGAAGGGGGUGGCAGGAAAAAGGAGCUGGUCUAAUUAACUUUAGGAAAUCAUGUUUUCACUUGAAACUGUAAGAUAGAGACACACAAAAAACUACACAAACACUGUACUCUAGUUGGUAAAUUCAUAUCUCAGAGGUAUAUAGGUUAGGAAUCUUGAAACUACUUUAAAAUGUAUACUAAGAUUCAACAAAUAAGUAAAUAUAGAUAAGAAGGGGUAGGCUUCUCACUAUUUGAAAGGCUACAGUGGGGGUGCCUGGGUGGCUCAGGGGGUUAAGCCUUUGCCUUUGG